CCUUGUCGAUUGCAGGUGCGUACAUUGCAAUUUGUGAACGAUGAAACCCACGUAGGUCGUACAAAUCAAAGGAAUGAUGGCUGCAAUCUAUGAAACGAUGUUCCGAAAGAUUGACAUGUUUGCUGAUAGCAUCGCAAAUUCCCAAGCGUUCCGUAUAACGUUCUUCUAUCCGACGUUUAAUUGAGUUUACCAAUACAGCUCACGGUCAAGGCUUGCCUUCUUUGCUAUUGCUUUUGUCGAACUUGAAAAUAUCCACGAAAUGCUUGCAUKCAUUACAUGUUGCACAGAAAUGGCAGGUUUUUCGGGGAGGCCCGAUCGCUUUCUGGGUGUUCAUUUUUUCAAUCCGGUUCAGGUACGCUAUUCUUAUUGGUUMGGCAGARAGGAUUUGUAAUAUUGGUUUUCUAGCAAAUUUCUAUGGCSGGUCGAAAGAUCCAAAACCUCGUUGGCACGGCUAAAAAUGAUUGUUGCAUCGUUCGACUCCUUUCCACGAUAUCACCCACCCAUCUACCCGAUGGCAAUGUUUUAGCUAAUGAAAGUUGUAGAGGUCAUCGAAACAAAUGAGACGGACCCCACUGUUCUAGAAAAAGGCAUGAAAUGGGUGGAAGAAAUUGGCAAAGUAUCCGUCUUGUGCAAGGACACGCCAGGUACGUUUCUUUCGAAAGCGAGCGAACAAAACGAUUUUGCAACGCAACGACGCAUACAYGAUUCAUUGCUUUGCUUGUGUUUCCUUGCCUCAAUUCUUCGUCCGCCCUCCCUUUAAACACUGCACUAGGCUUUAUUGUGAAUCGAAUUCUUGUUCCGAGCUUGAUGCAAUCCAUGGCCGUCGUGGACCGCAAAGAGGCUAGCGUAAAGGACGUAGACGUUGCGAUGAAGUUGGGCUGCGGUCACCCAAUGGGACCUUUGCACCUAGCCGACUACAUUGGGCUCGACACCUGCCAUUCGAUUGUAMAGGGAUGGACGGAAAACUUUCCAGACGAGCCCGCCUUUUUCAUUCCUGCUUGCCUACAAGAGAAAAUCGACGCUGGAGAUCUAGGAAGAAAAACCGGCAAGGGAUUUUAUCACUGGGAAGGCGAUAGAAGGGGCGAUCCCGUAGAGUAGAUUGGUAGUUAAGCUACAAGUUGUAUCUCUGUAAAUCAAGUAAUGGUAACCAU